ACACCCACAAAAACACAUGAAACGACACGACAACUCAUGCAAUAAAAAUGGCAUCUUCUGGAGCAGAUUUUGCAAUGGAGGAGAGGCAGCGAUAUAGGCACUGUGCUUCCAGAUUACUUGGGAUGGUUGCUGAGUCUGGAGAGAAGCAAAAGAAUGAGCUCAACUCUCUGCUGGAUGAGUUAAACUCACUUGCGUACUCAGUACAGGGUCUUGUUGAACAGGAACCAGGGCGCCUGCUGAGCCAAGCCUGUAUGCUUGUACCCCUGCAAGAGGAGCUCCUGGUAACCAAAGUAUGCCAGCUCAUUGUUAUUAUUACCCACCAGAAGGUGGUACUAAGCAAAGCAACGGUAGAGACACUGCUGGAGUAUAUCACCAAUGCUAUGAGGCAAUGUCAGCCGUGGACCCUGCCGGAGACACUCAGAGCUCUUGGAGCUGUGGUUUAUGAAAAUGGCCCAAAGUGCUUUCAGUUCUUGAAGCUACUGUUAGGAACUUCUCCUCAAGGUGUUCUCCUGCUGCUGGUCAACUCCAAAGAAGACGAUGUGAAAAGAGCAGCCGUGCAGUGCAUUGGCAAUCUAUGUAUGAGGGAUGAUGUUGGUGAUGUGAUAGAUACAGAGUAUCUGCAGACUAGCUAUAAUACAAUAAUCACAGUGUUACAGUCGCCCAAACAACCAGGCACAGAUGAUUAUGGUCACUUUAGGCUUCUUCUGAGCACACUUCGAGGUCUUCAAAAUGUCUUGGCAGCCACUAAGGAAGUUCACCAUCAGCAGUUAGGCUCAAUCCUGGCUUCACUCAAGGCUUACAUGCUGUAUGGUCUUCCAGGAGUGGGCACCAACUUCACUAUCCCACCAACCAUCUACCCGUCUCCUCUGUACCAGCAUGACUCUGGGCCUUCCCCGUCCAAGCCAACAGACCCCGCCCCAUCCAGGACACCCAAAGAAGCUACUCCAACUACCGCUAAGCAAAAGAGCCCGGAGAGCAAGAAAGAAGAAAAAGAAGAGGAGGAGUUUAGUCUACGCCCUGGGGGAGGGGGCGGGAGCGGGCUGCGAUUCACCCAGCCCAAACCUCAGCAGGGGAAGAGAGGGAAAAAGAAGGGCAAAGGGAGGCAGGAGAAGGGUGCAGCGACGCCUAAGAAGGGUCGGGAUGGUGGAAGGUUUGCUUCUAUGGAUAGGAUGGAGUCAACGAAUGUAGCAUCGGCCACACCCACGGAUGUAGGAAGGAGCAUGACUGCACAGAAUCCUUAUGACGUUGACCCAUCCUCCCUCUUCCCAGCCUGGGGUAGAGUCAGCAGUUCAGAGUCGGAGUAUUCGGAUACAGAGGGAGGACAGGCAUCAAAGCUAAGAGCAGCUGCCUCCAAGGUACGGCAGGCUGCUCUGGCAUGUCUCCACUGUGUUAUAAAGAAUACAGAGAAGAAGUAUAUAUUUGGCUAUUGGUCGGCAUUCAUCCCUGAUACCCCGCCUUCAGCUGGUUCCAUGCAUACCUUCUCCCUCUUCACUAGUAUGUUGAAGGACCCUGCUCCGAAGGCUCGAGUUGGCAGCGUUGUUGUUUUAUCGGCCCUUCUGGACGGGUCAAGACAGUUCCUGGCUGCAGCAGAUGACAGGGAUAUGAAACGACGAUCUGCGUUUACGCCAUUCUCACACACCCUGGCCGCUACAAUCAAGGAGAUGCAUCGAUGCGUCCUCUUAGCUCUGAUGGCAGAGAGUUUCUCAACAACACUCACUCAGAUAAUCAAGUGCUUGUCCAUCCUGGUGCAGAAUGUUCCAUACCACAAGUUAAAUCCCGGCCUUCUCACAAAGAUUGUCAAAGGAAUCCGUCCAUACUUCUCACACAAAGACAACAACGUCCGUACAGCGUGCCUGACCUGUAUGGGUGCAGUCCUCUCAACCACCAUGCCCCUCAAAGAAAUCUCAGACCUCCUCCUGUCACCGGACUUCCUUAAAGUGCCUCCCGUUCCUUCCCUCAGCUCAUCUCAAACCGGACUCAAUGCAGCCUCCUGGAGGUUGCAACUCGGAGCCGAGAGAAACAUCAAGGAUUCUCCUCGGGAUGAAGAUGGGGUUGAAGGACUGACCGUGAAGGGAGACGGUUUGAUGUCAAGAGAGGAUGGGGAUGUAUCAUCCGAUGGGGUUAGAUUAACUUCUGUCGAUGUAGUAAGGUUGAAGUCGGAGGAGUAUACAAUCAAUUCAGGCAUAUUGGCCGUUGAACCAAAUAGAACCGAUCCCCUCACCAAAGAGUCAUCUGUCACCAUGGCAACAGACUCAUUAGACUGCUUGACUAUCAACGAGGGAGCGUCACCGCGGACGGCAGGAUGUGAUGAGCAGCCGGGUGAUGAUCUCUUGGAGGGUGUGUCCGUAUCGUGGUUGAUGAGGUGGUGCACCGAUGCAGUGCUGUUGAGAGAACCUUUAGAGGUUCCUGUAGCGGGUAGCAUGGGUGUUUGCAGGUUACUGACUCCCAGUGAAGCUCUCCCGGUGAGGCUAGAGGCUCUACAGGUCAUGACCCAGCUGGUCAAAGGUUACUUUGCCGUCAUUCGGAGCAUCUUGGAUCAUUUGUGUAGUAUCAUCAUCAGCUGCCUGGAUGAGAAGGAUACAUCGGUGCAGCUACAUGGCCUCAAGGUUCUUGAGGAGCUCGGUAAGGUCAUGUUGUCUCAAUUGAAUCCAGAACUAGAGUCUCCAACAAUUCAACUGACUGUUCCACUCACUCCAGAAGAGGUUGUUGUGAUAUGGGAGAGUCUACUUAAUGGCCCUCUACCAGGCAUACUACAGAACACGGCUAACGUCGUCCUGCAGUCGUCAGCAUGUUAUUGUUUAUCCACCAUCGGACCACAAUGCUUUGAACUCCUGAAGAUGGACAAACGCAUUCUUUGCAUCACCAUGCUCCUUGGUCUGAGUAACGAAGAAGACUAUAGAGUUAAAGCAGCAGCAGUCAGGGCACUAGGCGCCUAUGUCUUAUACCCCUGUCUCAGGGAGGACGUUAUGUUUGUUGCCGAUACGGCCAACUCCAUCUUGACCUGCCUUGAAGACUCCUCUGUCAACGUGAGAAUCAGGGCUGCUUGGUCUCUUGGAAACCUCAGUGAUGCACUCAUCGCGAACAAAGACGCCGGUGAUUCAACAUUCUUGGGGAGUUUCUCGGAUAUGCUUCUACAGAAGUUGUUUGCCGCUGCCAUCGCUGGGGCUUCUGACCACGAUAAAGUCAAGUCCAAUGCUGUACGAGCUCUGGGAAUGCUGGUUCGCUUUGCAAGAUCCCAGGCUCUUGCCAAGAGUAGUAUUCAAGCUGUGGUAAACGAUGCUAUCAAGGCCUUGCUGAAGAAUAUCACAACGGGGGCUGCUAUGAGGGUCAAGGUGAGAUGGAAUGCAUGCUAUGCCAUGGGCAACGUCUUCAAGAAUUCCAGCCUGGAGAUGGGCAAGGCCUCUUGGUCAUCCGAUGUCUUCAGCGCUUUGACAGACGUCGUCAGAGACUGCAAAAACUUCAAGGUCAGGAUCAACGCAGCUCUAGCCUUAAGUGUACCUAGCCAGCGAUGUUGCUAUGGCAGUACUGACCGGUUCUGUCUGGUUUGGUCCAGUUUACUCCAUGCCUUGGAAGUCAUUGAUCAAGUCGCUGACGUCUCUGAGCUCAAGUACAAAGACACAUUACGGGAUCAGCUGUGUCAGACACUCGCCCAUCUAGGAAGUCUCGUCACCGUGGAUGACCUUUCACCUCUGCGCAAGAUUCUACAGAACCGUGCAGGCAUGGUAGAGUUGAACAUUUUGAGGUACAGGGAGGCUAAAGUGAUCGCUGGGAUGACCGACGAUAAACGAGGUGUUCUUCUCUCCGCUGCAUCCUCUCAUCUCCAAGACAUGAUGGAGAUCAAGGAGAGCACGUCUGAAGACAGAACUUGUGCCGCUCAGCUCCUCCAGAUCUUCACAGUAUCUGAGAUAGAGGAACAACGGCCGUUGUUAUCGGACCAGUGCCCAAUGUAAUACUGAUCCCUGAGAAAAUCUCAGGAUUCGAACUGCCUCUAGCUACCGGGCAAUCUCGGUAGUCUAGUUGGUAAGACACUGCUCUAGAAUUGCUAG